AUGUCCGCUAGAUCAUCGCAUGAUACCCAGCAAGACUUGACCAUCUCCGCAAAUGAGGAGAAAAGUGGACCCAGUCAGGCUGCCAACUCUCCCGUUCCUGAACAAUUCCUUCCGCUAGGGAAUGAGAAGGGUGAUGAGGAAGUAGGCCUUGGCCCCGAAGCACAAAAGGAAUUGUCGAAAACCCCGACGAAUGUUAGCCAUGUUGGCGCACUGGCCAGUAGAACCUUGACCUUAGUCCGCACCCGAGAGUCUGGAAGGGACCUGGGACCUCCCCCCGAUGGUGGCUUCAAGGCAUGGUCUCAAGUAGCCUUGGCUCAUUUCGUCAUCUUCAACACCUGGGGCUACAUCAAUAGUUUUGGUGUGUUCCAAACCUACUAUACCGAGACGCUAGGUCGCACCCCGUCCGAUAUCUCCUGGGUAGGCAGUAUCCAGAUCUUCUUACUCUUCUUCGUCGGAACCUUCUCUGGACGCGCAACCGACGCCGGCUAUUUCAAAGCCAUCCUGACUAUUGGGGCUGUCCUGGAGUUAUUUUGCAUCUUUAUGACCUCCCUGUGCACGCAGUAUUGGCAGCUGUUCCUGGCUCAGGGCGUUGGUCAGGGCAUCGGUUGUGGACUGAUGUUCUGCCCGACCAUUGCGCUGAUGCCGACUUACUUUACCAAAAACCGAGCGAUUGCGAUCGGAAUUGUGGCCUCGGGCUCUGCCACCGGCGGCCUGGUUUUCCCGGCGGUGGUCAUGCGACUCCUCCCUCAAAUCGGAUAUGGCUGGACCAUGCGGACCCUGGGGUUCAUCUCUUUGGCGACGCUGAUUCCGUGCCUGGUGUUUCUUCAGCAACGACUGCCUCCGCGUCGCAGCGGACCCCUCGUCGAAUGGGGGGCGUUCAAAGAGGCGCCCUAUGCUUUGUUCGCCUUGGGGAUGUUCCUCAACUUCUGGGGCCUCUAUGUCGGGUUCUUCUACAUCGGGAGCUUCGCCCGCAACAUCAUCGGGGUCUCCAACUCGACGUCGAUCGACGUCCUUUUAGUCAUGAAUGGUGUUGGUCUGCUAGGCCGGUUGAUUCCCAACCUGAUGGCCGAUCGGUACACGGGACCGUUGAACAUGUUGAUCCCGUUCAGCCUGGUGACAGGAGUGGUCGCGUUCUGCUGGGCUGCGGUUCACACUUACAAUGAGAUGUAUGCCUUCAGUGCGUUCUAUGGGCUGGCAGCCGCAGGAAUCCAGUCGCUCUUCCCGGCCACCCUGAGCACGCUUACCACGGAUCUGAAGAAGACCGGAGUGAGAAUGGGCAUGGUGCUCAGUGUAGUGGCUGUGGCUGCGCUGAUCGGUACCCCCAUUGCCGGGGCACUGGUCGAUCGGGAUGAUGGGCAAUAUCUGUACGCGCAGAUGUUCAUGGGCAGUGCGAUUCUGGCGGGGACGCUGACCUUGAUUGCGGCGAGAGUGACGAAGCUGGGGCUGACCUGGCAACGAGCGUAG